UGGGAGAGACUGUUGGGAAGAGGGCGGUCCGAUCUUAGUCUCAUUCCGUAAGCUUGUGCUGUUGGAAUUUUAAAUCGGUGUCUCGGACAGCCCAUUGGAAAUGACGGUUUGAGGAGGCGGGGGAAAUCUGGUGAAUGAAGGUUGUUUAUUCUGUUUAGGUUAUGUGGGUGUUACGCCGACGGACCCACAGAAAGCGAGUUCGGGGAGCCUUUCCGAGUGGCGGAUAUAAAACAAGUGAAAGAGGAGGAGCUGACUCUCAUCUGUGUUUACAGUUCAGAAAAUACUGCAUGCAUUUCGCGAGUGAUCUGAGUGCGAAAGAGAAUCUGGACCAAGAACAGUCGCAUAUUUUGUUCGGUUUAUACCACCAGUUACUUGGCGCUCGAUAAAUUAAACGCGGACGUCUUCAGGCCAAGAUAUUUGCCCGGAAAGGCAAGAGAGUAUUGGACUAAGUACACGAUUCUUGACAGUAUGCAAACGUUCUCGUUACUGUCUUCAUUGCGCUUCAGAUUUCCAUCGAUGGACAUCUAAAUAUUUUGAAUAGACAAACGCUAGUCUACGGUAUUUUUGGUACUUUUAAUCUCAGGUAACUAGACAGUGUUAAAAUAAUCUUCAAUCGGUGCGUAGGCUAUUAGUUGGAUCCAUUAUCGUCUUGCUAGUCCACGUUAGCUAGCUUGGACAGCGAAAGGAAGGUUGUGUUAAAGGAUGCGCACUGAAAACAACAAUGCGUCUGAGACCUUAGUUGAUCAUAAACCAGACGAACGAGAACAAGAAAAAAUGGGUUUAAAUGGAAUUGACAAUCAGCCGGAGCCACCGAGCAGCGAAACACCUAUUCGCGACCACGAUCAAUCUGAAAUGGAGCAGAAACCAACCACUCAGGAGAAGGCAACCAGCUCAGAGAAACAAGAUGAGGGGAAUGGACAUGGGGAAAAAUCCAUAGACGACAACUCUGUACACCUUAUUGAGACAGGGUGCUUUGAUGAACCACCAGAAUAUCCAGGCUACGAGGUCAAACCCAAGGGUCCCCCGACUGGUCACGAUUCUGGGUUUGUGCCACCCGAGGGUGGGUUCGGCUGGCUCGUGGUCUUCGCCGCAACAUGGUGCAAUGGGUCAAUUUUUGGAAUUCAGAAUUCUUUCGGCAUUCUACAUAUGAUGCUCGUAAAGGACCACGCAGAUGGCAGUGAUCAUGCUUCUCAGUUUAAAGUCGCCUGGGUUGGAGCACUGGCCAUAGGCAUGAUAUUCUUCUGUUCCCCUGUGGUCAGCAUGUUCACUGAUCACUUUGGCUGCAGGAAGACGGCGGUCAGUGGGGCCCUGAUCGCUUUCAUUGGACUCCUGACCAGCUCCUUUGCAACGUCCCUGGGUGUGCGCUACUUCACGUACGGGAUCCUGUUCGGCUGCGGCUCCUCCUUCGCCUUCCAGCCCUCCCUGGUCAUCCUGGGCCACUACUUCCGGCGGCGGCUGGGCCUGGCCAACGGGGUGGUGACGGCGGGCAGCAGCCUGUUCUCCAUGGGGCUCCCCGUCCUGCUGAAGAAGGUGGUGGGGCCGCUGGGCCUGAGCCGCACCUUCCAGAUCCUCAGCAUCUUCAUGUUCGUCCAGGCCCUGCUGGCACUCACCUUCCGCCCCCUGAUGCCCAGCACUGCCCCCGGUGGCCACCCCUCCGCGGGCCCGCCCCUGGACGUCGGGACUCGCUGGGAGCGGGGACUCGCCCAGGCCCGGAAGUACUUCAACCUGAAGGUGUUCUACAUCACCACCUACAGGGUGUGGGCGUUCGGUGUGGCCACCGCCGUGCUGGGCUACUUCGUGCCCUACAUCCACCUGAUGAACUUUGUGAAGGAGGAAUUUAAAGAGAUCAAGAAAGAGUGGGUCCUGUUGGUGUGCAUCGGGGCCUCUUCUGGACUCGGACGAUUGAUUUUCGGGAACGUCGGGGACCUGAUUCCAGGAGUCAAUAAAAUUUAUAUGCAGGUGGCCUCCUUCGCGGUCCUGGGCCUGGUGUCCAUGAUGAUCCCGCAGUGCCACGUGUUCGAGAGCCUGGUGGUGGUGUGCCUGUUCCUGGGGCUGUGCGACGGCUGCUUCAUCACCAUCAUGGCGCCCAUCGCCUUCGAGCUGGUGGGGCCCAUGCGCGCCUCCCAGGCCAUCGGCUACCUGCUGGGCCUCAUGUCGCUGCCCAUGACCGCCGGGCCGCCCAUCGCAGGGCUCCUGCGGGACUACUUCGGGGACUACCACGUGGCGUUCUACCUGGCGGGAGUCCCGCCCAUAGUGGGGGCCCUGGUGCUCUUUUUCGUGCCCGUCUACCACCAGCGCAUGCAGAAGAGCCGGGAGGGCGUGCCCGCGGACCCCAGCGCCGACCAGAUGCUGCCCCCGGCCAAGUACGCCGCCAACGGGGACAUGCUGCCCGGCUUCACUGACGCGGAGACGCACAUCUGAGUUUGCCCGCCAUGCAAAGGGAUUCUGCCCACCAGCAAUACUGUGAUAAUCUGUCGGACUCUUCAUCUUUAAUUCAGGUGCUCCCCAUUUUCACCGUACUGUCUCCCCUGCCGUUUGUUAGAUGGUGAAGGCCCAAUAUGAAAUCUUCAACUUAAAAAAAAAAAAAGACAAAAAACAAAAAAACCCUCUUUGGACUGAUGUUCGUCCCUGGACUUUGUGUGAAUGAAAUGGCUUAGGAAGGUGUUAGGAAAGUCUGACCUCACAAGCUCCUAUAAUGGGAAACACACAUUACACACUAUAGGAAAAGGGUGGGGGUGGGGGGGGGGAGGGGCCUUGAUGGAGGACAGGGAUUUGUUCCAUCUAAAAUGGCGUUAUUUUGGGGAGUGAACAUAAUUUGAUCCAAACAAAUCAGGAUUCAGUGUGGUGUAUGGGUGAGCUUUUUUUUUGUUUGUGAAGGAAUCAAGUGGGUUCUUGAUAGCGAUCUUGUCUGCAGGCACUGAAUAUACAGAUUGUCUAAUGUGCGUUGGUGGGUGGGUGUGCGACAAAUAGAAACAGCAUGCUAAAUCAAAGGUCUGAUCAAUGGUAAGAAUGUAACCCUGUCUUACAAUCCUCCCAACUUUCUUUAUUCAAAGGGGCGAUUCAAAGGGGAAACUCAAAUUCACUAAAGUCACUUUCCCAUCAAAAUGCUGGCAUUGUGCACUGAUCGGCAUUCACACUCGUGAAAAACGCUACAAAUUACUGCCAUGGUGUCCUUACGCGUGUCACCAUUGAAAAAAAAAAUCCAGAAGUGCUGUUCUCAGCCUGAGUUUCAGAAGGGGCACUUAACUAACAAAAUAGUUGUUUUUUGACUACAAUUAUUUAUUUUUUUAAAUCCCAAAAUGAUUUGUCUUAAUUUUCAAAAAAUAUAUUUUUGCUUCUUGCUAUGAAAUCAUGGUUAGCUAGUGUGCUGGAACACCAAAAUAUGUUCUUUUUUCAUUGUCUGGAUCUUCACCAAAUUGAAUGAUUAAAUAUAACAAGUAUGGACAAUGGAAAAAAGCUACUCAUAAAAUAAAUGGAAUGCAUUAUGAGAAACAAUCAACAGAUUAAAAUUUUAGAUCUCAAGUUUAGAUCUCAAGUUGGAGAACAAAGAAACAAAUGCACAUUUGAUAAAUAAUUCUACUAGAUCCUGCUCUUCCCAUUUCUUCUCUCCCAGCUCCUUACUGCAGUCACAUAAUUAGAGGGUUGCCAGUAUUCUUAAUCGUUGGUCAUUGCAAAGCAAUCAGCGGUCACAAUUAAAGACAUGAGAGGUUUCUUGAUUUAAUUUGUGACGACAUUACAUUUCAUUACUUUACAUUACAAUCACAUAGCAGAUGCUCUUAUUCAGAGCAACUUAGAGAAGUGGAGACCAUCAGUGUUAGUCUUAGGAAUACAAAAAUGGGAUAUCGCCCAGAAGGCACUGAUGGCCCAGUUAUAAUCAAUAAGUGUGAUGUUAAGCUAACAGACAUCCAUUUGUAUUGGAACAAAAGACAAUACCACUAGACAGCCUUAUAAAAUAUCUUUAUAUAUUAUCCCAGAAUGAAAUCCAAAGAAAGAAAGAAAGGAUGUCUAAAAGGGUCUGGGGGGCCAUGGUGCAAUCUGACGAGCUUCAGUCUGAAUUGAAAGAUGGGCAGGGUUUCUGCUUUCCGGACUGUAGCGGGAAGCUCAUUCCACCAAGACAAGACAAGAGUUGUGACCACAUCAGGGGGAGGGGCCAGGCACCAAGAGGUAGCAGAAUGAAGAGGUCUGAUUGGUCUGUAGAUUCUGAUAAACUGUUGAAGAUAUGGCAGAGCUUUCCCUUUGGCAUCCUGAAAGGCUAGCGCCUAGGUUUCGAAUUUGAUGCGAGCUCCUGGUACCCAGGAGAGGGAGAUAAGAAGGGGAAUGACACUGCUGAGCCUGGGAAAGUUGACUUAUUUGUUGAACCAUUGAGAGAACAAAUAUUUACCAAAUUUUUAAAUACAGGUCACAUUUCAAAACAGGACCUGGUAAUAAGUAAUUUAAUUACAGAACAAACCAUGUGAGUGCACUUUCUGAUGGGAUUUUUGAAAAUAUGUUUUGGCACUUUUUGACACACAUUUAUGCACUUUUCUCCCCUUGCCCCUUCUGAAAGGCUGACAAGCUGUUUUUGCACAAUCUAUUGUAACCUGAAUUGAAUUGACAAUGAUGAAAUUUCGAGAAGGAGCGAGCAAGACAUAGCCAUUAAUUGCUACGACAAUG